UUUCCCCUUCUUGCUGUGCUCCCUCGUCUCGACUUGCCUAAAACAGACCCCCACAAUGCCAGAAGGGAGACGCAAUACAGCUUCGCCGCCCACAAAGCAGAUCUCUCGACGCUCUUUGACGAGCUGCCAUGUGACGAAGUAAAGCCCACAUGUGGUCGUUGUGCUAAAAGUGGUCUUGAGUGCCGUCGUGGGCUCAACUACCGCUUCAAACAUCAGUUCAAUCCCUCACUACAAGGAGAGAAAUCUCGAUUUUGCUUACCAAGGAACUCUAGGGUCUCUAACUCUGAUAUUGCCAACACGAAAGCGCCGGAAUUCUCAUACUCGCCUAACCAACAGUGGUGUGAUCCAAGCUGUAGCCUCGUCUUCUGCGACGAGGGCCCUGAUCUUGAGUCAAGAUAUGAGAUUGAAUCGACAGCGGAAUGCGAUGAUUCCAUAUCCAAACUACUGAGGGCCGAUGGCCAGGAGCGCCAGUUCUCUGAUUCGGACUCUGCUGUCGUCCUCGGCGCGGCCUGCGACAAUCUAGAGGAAGUACAGCAGCAGCUCGACUCUCAGCUUCAAUUUUCCCAUAAUACGGACUCGUACCACCAUCAUGACGAUCAUUAUGAACAGGUGGCAGCUGUUGAGCUUCCUCCCAUUGCGAGCAUCACCGAUGAUUUCCUCCCACAUCCGCAUUACCUAGAUUCUGAACCUCAGAGACUGUUGCUAGGAAUAGCGAACUCUCUGGAAGCUAAGACACCACCGCAACAGCCGAAUGGAGAAUUUUCAAAUGAGCAAGAUGCGUUGCAUCACUUCUCGUUGGAUGCCGACGAUCUACAGCUCUACUACGAAACGCCUACCUGGCCAUUGCGGGAAGAAGCAGAAGCCGAGCUAGUCCGUUUCUUUAUUGAAAAUGUCGCCCGCCAUUUUGACAUGUGCGAUCCAGAGCGACAUUUUGCCUUCGUAGUACCUCAGCGAGCUGCUCUGUGCCCCCCCCUCAUGAACGCCUUACUUGCGAUCAGUGCAAGACACUUCAAAAACGCGGACGGCAGUAGCCAGUAUGUGUCUGAUGGCUAUUAUCAGAAGAGUUUAAACACCCUGGUCCCAAUGCUCAACGACAGCGAGUCACUGAGAGACGAAAAUCUGUUUGCCGCCAUCGUCCUCCUUAGAUCUCUGGAAGAGAGAGAGGUACCUCUAUCCAGCGCCGACACUCGUACUCACCUUCUCGGCGGUCAUCUCUUCGUGAAAGCCACCAAUGCCAUCUGUUCCGUCGCAAGCCCAGGGAACAUAUUCUCAGCCACGUCGCUCACUGGUCUCCGCCGCGCUGCAUUCCACGUCGCUAUACGACAGGAGAUUUAUACCGCGUUCGCCUCUCAGCGACCAGUCACGCUAGACUUCACAUUCCCGGAUGUCGAUUAUUCCUUGGAAAGCCCCGGUGACGACUGCACGUGGACGAACCGCAUCUUCAUCCAUGCCGUCGGCGCACUGAAUUACUGUUUUGGAGAUGAUGGCGCUGCUGGCAUAGACAAAUCUCUUGAAACGUAUGAUGCCCUUGUUGCGUAUGCAGAACAGUGGUAUGAGAAGAAGCCACCAAGUUUCACACCGAUAUUCUACAAGCACCACCAAAGAAGUGACCAGGAAGGGAGAAGGAUAUCGCCUGAUAUUUGGCUGUUGUCUGAUACGGUCACUACUGGGUUACUAAAUUACCAUCUGGUACGCAUCCUGCUCUUUGCGUUUGACCCGCGGACUCCCCGUAUCGGGCCUUCAAAGGCUCGCUUUCUUCAAACGCAGAAGGAAAACGUCCAGAAUGAGGUAAGGCAGCUGCUGGGAAUAGCAUACGGCAACGGAAACUGCGCGCCGCACCACAUUCUCGCCUGCACGGGGGUUUCAAUGGCCGGUGAUCAGUUUGAGAAUCGGUGGGAGCAGGAGGAGUUGAUGGGCUUUCUGAAGCAGACGGAGCAGAAGCACACUUGGUGUACUUCCAAGGCUCGUCGGCAUUUGGCGGAGGCAUGGGGAUGGCCGACACUUGAGAAG